CGUGGCGGGCAAGGCUGCCCCAACCCCACCUCUCCGGCUCAGUUCCGCGGGCGCGACCCCUCGGCCGUUUGGGCUUCUGAAGGGCUAAGGGCGGCCCCUGGGCGGCAGGACGGUUGUCGCAGGGCGGCCCCCACGCCGAAGCCCCCGUCCGCGCCCUCCGACAUGGCCCGGGGGGGCAGUCAGAGCUGGAGCUCCGGGGAGUCCGACGGGCCGGAGGAGCCGGGCGCCCCGGACAGCAGAGCCAAGAUGGUGAAGGAGACCCAGUACUAUGACAUCCUGGGGGUGAAGCCCAGUGCGUCCCCGGAGGAGAUCAAGAAGGCCUACCGGAAGCUGGCGCUCAAGUACCACCCGGACAAGAACCCGGAUGAGGGCGAGAAGUUUAAGCUCAUAUCCCAGGCUUAUGAAGUGCUUUCAGAUCCAAAGAAAAGGGACAUUUAUGACCAGGGUGGUGAACAGGCGAUUAAGGAAGGAGGCUCGGGCAGCCCAAGCUUCUCGUCACCCAUGGACAUCUUUGACAUGUUCUUUGGUGGUGGAGGACGCAUGGCAAGAGACAGAAGAGGCAAGAAUGUUGUACAUCAGUUGUCUGUAACUCUUGAAGAUUUAUAUAAUGGAAUCACAAAGAAGUUGGCCCUCCAGAAAAAUGUGAUUUGUGAGAAAUGUGAAGGUGUAGGCGGGAAGAAGGGCUCCGUGGAGAAGUGUCCCCUGUGCAAGGGCCGAGGGAUGCAGGUCCACAUCCAGCAGAUCGGGCCGGGCAUGGUGCAGCAGAUCCAGACCGUGUGCGUCGAGUGCAAGGGCCAGGGCCAGCGCAUCAGCCCCAAGGACCGCUGUGAGAACUGUGGCGGCGCCAAGGUGACCCGCGAGAAGCAGCUCAUCGAGGUACACGUUGAAAAAGGUAUGAAAGAUGGGCAGAAAAUACUGUUUCAUGGAGAAGGAGAUCAGGAGCCCGAGCUGGAGCCUGGCGAUGUCAUCAUCGUGCUCGAUCAGAAGGACCACGGCGUCUUUCAGAGGCGAGGCCACGACUUGAUCAUGAAGAUGAAAAUUCAGCUCUCGGAAGCCCUUUGCGGCUUCAAGAAGACGAUAAAAACGCUGGAUGAUCGAAUGCUUGUUAUCACGUCCAAGUCAGGGGAGGUGAUAAAACACGGGGACCUGAAGUGCGUGCACAGUGAGGGGAUGCCCAUCUACAAAGCACCCCUGGAGAAGGGGGCUCUGAUCAUCCAGUUCUUGGUCCUCUUCCCGGAGAAGCACUGGCUGCCUCUGGACAAGCUCCCCCAGCUGGAGGCCCUCCUGCCCCCCCGACAGAAGGUGAGGGUCACGGCCGACAUGGACCAGGUGGAGCUGAAGGACUUCAGCCCCGGCGAGCAGAGCUGGCGCCAGCACAGGGACACCUACGAGGACGAGGACGACGGGCCGCGGGCCGGGGUGCAGUGCCAGACGGCGUGAGCGGCGCCCCGGGUGUCAAGUUGGCACAAUGAAAAUGGCAUCGCCGAACGGCCUCGUGUGUGGGGUGUCUGUGUACGUGUUCAGCAUCCUCAGCUGCUGAGUGUCGUCUUGGUUUUUCUUGUUUUUUUUUUUUGGUUGUAAUUUAAGUUAUAGCUUAAUUUAUAUUUAAAUGUUCUAAGUGUGAAUCACCUCUAGUCUGCAUGUGGAAUCCAUUUAUUUACACUUUCAGGAGACUUCUGAGAUGCCGGUGGCCGCACUGACACGGUGUGCUCCUGGCGCCUCGCCCCGGUGCCCGCGCCCGGCCCCCCUCCCAGGGCAGGGACCGAGGGCCUCAUCCUGGGGCUGGCGCUCUGACACUUCCGAGUCUAGAUUCUAGAGGACCCUCAAGAACAAAGGCACAUCUGUGGGCUGGACUGGGCUCCGGGGCCAGCGUGGUGGCUCCCGUCCCGUGGCUGGAACGGGGUGCAAGUACGGUCUUCGCUCCUGGAAGCUUCCUGGCCUUGUGGGGUACGUGUUCUAAAUGAAACACCACCACAGCCGUUUGCUUGUGACCCCUCUCCCUGUUCUCUGUGGUCUUAGUGAUUUUCUGUUGAUCGCCUUGGCGAUGUUCCCACCAAAGUGCUUUCUGCAAAGAGAAGGAAGCCUCCCAAGGGCCCUGCAGCCUCCGGGCAGCAGCGGGGGGGGGGGGACCGUGGGCUGGGCCGGACGCCGUGGCCCGGCCACCGCCACCCAGACCCGGCUCCCUUCGCGUGUCGUACGGCCGCGUCGCAGAGGGCUUCCUACUGCCAUGACGCUGCUCUGUGCGCCUGUGGUGCGGGCCGCCGCUGCGGGUGCUGGCCUGCCGGGAGGCUCGGCAGCCGUCGCUUCACUCCCCGCAGGCCGACCGCAGCUCGUGUUUAGGGGACCGCAGCCCUUAGCCGCUGCUGGCCCUGCCCUCCCCCGGUAGCCAGUCCGCAGAAACUGCCCCCCCAGCCGCUGGGCAGGCGAACGCCGAGGCCGCCUGUCUGAUCGCCCUUCUUGGUUCUGCAGAACAGAGGUCGCCACAGGCCAGGCGCCACCCCCAGAAGGGUCGAAGGGCACUGGAGGCCUGUGGCAGUCAGGGCAAGCGGCUGGGGGGGGUGGGGCAGGCGUCACCAGCCUGGGGGGUGGGCACAACUUGCUCAAAAUACGGAGAGCAAGGCCCCCCCCCCCCAGCUUUGACCAUUGUUGGGAAAGACCUAAGCCUCCUCUUUCAACUAAGCCUGUGAAAAUCCAUUCGCAAAUGGACCACGACCCCAGGGCGUCAGAACCCUGCUGACGGGGCACAACACGUCCAGCCCCUCCUGGGCGGCGAGGCAGUGGGAUCUAGAGGGUGUUGCUGAAAACCUCCUCCACCUGUACACUCGUCACUUUACAAUUAAAGCUAAGCUGGUAAGAGA